GGUUAAGAAGUUAUUUGCGUGUUCGAAGUUUGGUUGCGCGUUGCGCGAUUACUUGCUAGUUGCAAGCAGUUAUUUUUAUCGGUGUACUGCUACAAAUUAUUCGAUUGUUAUAAAAGACGUCUCCAGGGCUAUUACGAGUCAUAACAUAUCAAAAUUGAUGAAAAUACGUCCUAAAAUAAUCUCCCUUCGUUGUCUCAUACCAUUAUUAUAUAUACUGUCUGAUGUUUUGGAGCAUUAGUAACAUCCAGUACUGGACACUAAUGACAGCAGCAGAGAAGCUUGCCGCUGUUCCUGAUGUGGAUAUCGACCCAGAAGGAACAUUUAAGUAUGUUCUAAUACGUGUCUUUGCUCCAGAGGGUCCUGAUGGCAAAGAACCGAGCAAAUUAGUGGUGCGAGGAUACAAGUGAGUUGGCUUCCAUUCGGACGUCUACGAUGAGACGAUGGACAGGGUGAAUGGCCUCGGCAUUGAUACAGAGUGCACUGGUGGUGGCAGAAUACAGCACGACCCCAGUGCCAAGGUCAUCAAAGUGUACAGCUACUCACAGGGGUUUGGGAAGGCAGACCACAGCAAGACUGUAGAAAUUCUGAAGACUGCAUAUCCUGUUUACAACAUUACUUGGAGUGAUGAAGGAUACUGA